AUGCCAGCAGAUAUACCCAAGUAAGUAUAGACCCAAAAUAGAUAACUUAAUUUGAUACUAACUAUAUUUAAGAUCAGUAAUUCAAAAAUUAAUGAUAUUUACUGCAUUAAUGAUUAUAUUACCCUUAGUUACAUUUUUCACAAUACAAUGGUUUACUUCAAAUAGUAUAAUAAGUGGUGGUUUAAGUGCCUUGAGUGCUAAUAUUGUAUUGAUUGGUUAUAUAGUAGUUGCAUUCAAAGAAGAUACUACUAAAUUAGAUGAAGAAUUGGAUGAAAGUAAAAAGGAGAAAUAG